AUGGCAUCCAACGAAGAAGUCAUAGUAGUCGAAUCAAACUAUCGAAUUGGUGUGUCCGGUUUCCUAUCCACUGCAGACGAUGCUGUUUUGGGCAAAGCUGCUUUCAAGAAUCAACUGAUGGCCAUGAAAUGGACUCAAAAGAAUAUCGAAUAUUUCGGUGAGGAUCCGGAAAAGGUGACCAUUUUCUGCCAAAGCGCGGGAGGAAUGUCCAUCGGAGCACAUCUAGCUGAGUUGUACAGAGCCGCAAUUUGCCAAAGCGGUUGUUCUUUGUCUAAGUUUCUACUGACGACCCAAGUCGAUCCGAGAAAAGUUGCUUACGGCAUUGUUAAAUCCAUAGAUCCGUCUUUUAUAGAUCAAAACUCAACGGUCGAGAUACGCGACUUCCUCCAAAGUCAACCGACUGAUCCAAUAAACAGUGCAUUUGCCGCUCAUCCACCGCUAGUUCGAUUUGAUAUGUUUAGGAAUCCUACCCCUGAUGAAUCGGAUCCGCUGAUCAACUUAAAGUGGCCUCAAGUAUCAGGAUCGUUUAUUCCGUACCUGUACAUCGAUAAGGAUCUUGAAGUGAAACUCGCCAAGAAAGUUAUUGAAAUGGCUAUGUGGAACGACGUCUACAACAAUUUUUCACCGGAUUUUAACAUAUCAGAUUUUAGAUUCGAUUUACGUUGA